AUGCCUCUGGGCUGGCUCACUUACAGCCUGCAUUUUGAGGGGCAGAGACACAUUGUGCACAUGAAGGUCAACAAGAAUUUUCUAUCCAGACACUUCCGAGUGUUUACCUACACAGACCAGGGCGCUCUCCUUGAGGACCAGCCUUUUGUAAAGAAUGACUGCUACUACCAGGGUUAUGUGGAGGGGGACCCAGAAUCCCUGGUUGCCCUCAGUACCUGUUUGGAGGGUUUGCAAGGAAUACUACAAACAAAUGACCUUGUUUAUGAAAUACAGCCCAAGAGACUUUCUACCACCUCAGAACAUUUCAUAUAUAAAGUGGACAGUGAGGAGACACAAUUCCUACCCAUGAGAUGUGGAGUAACAGAUGAAGAAAUAGCACAACAACUGAAGUUUCAAGAGAGUGCUAAUUUCACUUUGAUGCAGAGUGGUGGGUAUGAAGGCUGGUGGACACACAACCGGCUUCUUGAACUGGCAGUGGUGGUGGACCACUAUCGCUAUCUUCAUCACGAAAGCAACACCACAGAAGUGCAGUAUGAAGUACUACUUAUUGCCAAUAAAGUAAAUAACUUUUUGACUUCAUUGGAUGUUGAUGUGGUUUUAAUGGGAAUUGAGGUCUGGACAGAAAAAAAUCCAAUUAAAAUAAAUAACAUAGUAGAUCUCCUGGAAGAAUUUUGCAUUUGGAAGCAAACUAGCUUUAACAGCCGCCUUCCACAUGAUGUUGCACAUCUUUUUGUAAAACAUAGCUAUGGCGUUACUCUUGGCAUAGCCUUUAUUGGAACAGUAUGUAACUUUACAUAUAAUUGUGGAGUGGAAAGUUUAAUGUACAAUAACUUGUAUACAGUUGCAUACACUAUGAUCCAUGAGAUUGGUCAUAAUUUCGGUAUGCUACAUGAUGGACCAACUUGUUCAUGUGGACAUAAAACCUGCGUAAUGUUUUCAGGUAUAUCAGGUACAACAAGAUUCAGCAACUGCAGCUAUGCUAGCUUCAUCAACACCACAGCAAGUCAAAACUGUAUGUACAUUUCAUCUAAUACAGGGAACAUCUUCACACUUGCAUGGUGUGGGAACAGUGUGGUUGAAGAAGGAGAAGAGUGUGACUGUGGCGCUUUACAUUUGUGUAUAAAUGAUCCCUGCUGUGAGUCAAAUUGCAUUCUGAAACCUGGGGCUGCUUGUGCUUCUGGGCUUUGUUGCAAAGACUGUCAGAUCCUGCCUACAGGCGAAAUUUGCAGACAAGAGGAAAAUGACUGUGAUCUCCCAGAGUGGUGCAAUGGGACAUCCUACCAUUGUCCAGAGGAUGUGUAUGUGCAGAAUGGGAUGCCAUGCAAGGACGGUGGCUACUGCUAUGAAAAGAGAUGCAAUAACCGUGAAGAGCAGUGUAGGAACAUAUUUGGCAAAGAGGCCAAGAGUGCAAAUCAGAGUUGCUACAUAGAAAUGAACACCCGCGGUGACCGUUUUGGGAACUGUGGUUUCAAGUACUCUAGAUAUGUAAAAUGUAACAUCUCAGAUACCUUGUGCGGGAGGAUUCAGUGUGACAAUGUGACAGAACUUCCCCUUCUGAGAGAUCAUUCUACUGUGCACUGGACUCACUUCAAUGGCGCCACCUGCUGGGGUACCGACUACCACUUCGGGAUGACCAUACCUGACAUUGGUGAUGUGAAAGAUGGGACAGAGUGUGGGUCAGAACAUGUCUGCAUCCAAAGGAAGUGUGUCCAUAGGUCACUUCUGGUAACUAGUUGUUCACCUGAGACCUGCAAUCUGAAAGGAGUCUGCAACAACAGGCAGCACUGCCACUGCAACACAGAGUGGGACCCUCCCUUCUGCCUGAAAAAAGGCAGUGGAGGUAGUAUAGAUAGUGGCCCACCUCCUGGGAGGAAAGAGAAUGAAAAGCACCAAGGGAAGAGUUACCUGCUAAUAUUUUGGCUUAUUCCUCUUUUGAUAGUCUUAAUAUGUUGGCUAUUUUUCCUCUUUACUUGCAUCUUAGGCAACAGCUAG